GGGGAGCACAAAGCGGGGCUCACGGAGGGCACCAGCAGCGGGCAGGGGAGCGAGGCGAGGCCCGUGCGCCCGCGGUUGCAGCGCCCGCGAUCGUGGAAGAGGGUCCCGAGGCUUUAGCCGGGACAGCGGCAUCCACGCGGUGGCAUCCUUUGGCGCCUCGGGCGCUGCCCCGCCCUUUGCACCCCACUUCGCCUAACCUUCUUCCCAAUCCUGCCUGGCUGUACCAGGGCCCCGAGAGCCGGAUUGAGCCCAACCCCGCACAACAGCUGUUGCUUGUGUCGCUGCCUCGCCUCCCCUCUUUGCUGUUCUGCCGGGGGCUCCCCGAAGGAACCGAGUGCGCGCUGCGGGCUAGGAGGGAGGCGCCGCUUAGCGGAUCCUCCUCCUCCUGCUGCCGCCUCCGCCGCGGGUGCCCGGUGGGUGCGCAAGCGGACACCCCCGCCAGCCGGGCCUCCGGGGCACAUCUCCAGACAUCGAUUUGGCCGAAGUAACUCAUGCCACAGAGCUCUGUGCACAUGCACGCCUGGAACUGAGGGACACAAUUAAGACUCCAAAUUGCUUCCUGCCUUUUGGAAACUCCAGAGAACCACUCCUUCAGUCUCUGGAAUUCUAUACAUUUCCACCCAGACUCUGCUUGAAUGUGUAUUUACAUUUUCUGCUUGCUGCUCUACAUUUCACUAUAUAGCAUUCACUUGCUAAAACUUACGAGUGUCCAAGGUUGAACUUGGUUGGCAAGCCAGCAUGGCUCAGAUUAAUUUUGCUCUAACAGCUUGCCGAUUGGUGCUGGGAUUGCUAAUGACUUCGUUAACUGAGUCUUCCAUGCAGAAUAGUGAGUGUCCCCAACUUUGCGUAUGUGAAAUUAGGCCCUGGUUUACUCCACAGUCAACAUACAGAGAAGCCACCACAGUUGACUGCAAUGAUCUCCGCUUAACAAGGAUCCCCAGCAACCUCUCCAGUGACACUCAAGUGCUUCUCUUGCAGAGCAAUAACAUUGCAAAGACUGUGGAUGAGCUUCAGCAGCUUUUCAAUUUGACUGAGCUAGAUUUUUCCCAAAACAACUUUACAAAUAUUAAGGAGGUAGGGCUGGCCAACCUGACCCAGCUCACGACUCUACAUUUGGAGGAAAAUCAGAUUGCAGAGAUGACUGAUUACUGUCUGCAAGACCUCAGCAACCUUCAAGAACUCUACAUCAACCAUAACCAGAUUAGCACAAUUUCGGCUAAUGCUUUCUCAGGCUUAAAAAAUCUUUUAAGGCUCCACCUGAAUUCCAACAAAUUGAAAGUUAUUGACAGCCGCUGGUUUGAUUCUACACCCAACCUGGAAAUUCUCAUGAUCGGGGAAAACCCUGUGAUUGGAAUUCUAGAUAUGAACUUCAAACCACUCUCCAAUUUGAGAAGCUUGGUUUUGGCAGGAAUGUAUCUCACUGACAUCCCUGGAAAUGCCUUGGUGGGCUUGGACAGCCUCGAGAGCCUGUCUUUUUAUGAUAAUAAAUUGGUCAAGGUCCCUCAACUUGCCCUGCAAAAAGUUCCAAAUUUGAAAUUCUUAGACCUCAACAAAAACCCCAUCCACAAAAUCCAAGAAGGGGAUUUCAAAAAUAUGCUUCGGCUCAAAGAGCUGGGAAUCAACAAUAUGGGGGAACUCAUUUCUGUGGACCGCUAUGCCCUGGAUAACUUGCCUGAACUCACAAAGCUAGAAGCCACCAAUAACCCCAAACUCUCUUACAUUCACCGAUUGGCUUUUCGAAGUGUUCCUGCUCUAGAAAGCUUGAUGUUAAACAACAAUGCCCUGAAUGCUGUUUACCAAAAGACAGUAGAAUCCCUUCCCAAUCUGCGGGAGAUCAGUAUCCACAGCAAUCCUCUGAGGUGCGAUUGUGUCAUCCACUGGAUUAACUCCAACAAAACAAACAUCCGCUUCAUGGAGCCCUUAUCCAUGUUCUGUGCCAUGCCACCCGAAUAUAGAGGGCAGCAGGUGAAGGAAGCCUUAAUCCAGGAUUCAAACGAGCAGUGCCUCCCAAUGAUAUCUCACGACACGUUCCCAAAUCAUUUAAACCUGGAUAUUGGCACUACAGCUUUCCUAGACUGUCGGGCCAUGGCUGAGCCAGAGCCUGAAAUUUACUGGGUUACUCCCCUUGGAAAUAAGAUAACCAUGGAAACCCUUUCAGAUAAAUACAAGCUAAGUAGUGAAGGUACCCUGGAAAUAUAUAACAUACAGAUUGAAGACUCAGGAAGAUAUACAUGUGUUGCCCAAAAUGUACAAGGAGCAGACACUCGAGUGGCAGCAAUUAAGGUCAAUGGAACUCUUCAGGAUGCUACCCAGGUGCUGAAAAUAUAUGUCAAACAGGCAGAAUCUCAUUCCAUUUUAGUGUCCUGGAAAGUUAAUUCCAAUGUCAUGACGUCCAACUUAAAAUGGUCAUCUGCCACCAUGAAGAUCGACAACCCCCAUAUAACAUAUACUGCCAGGGUCCCUGUUGAUGUUCACGAAUACAACCUCACACAUCUGCAGCCUUCCACCGAUUAUGAAGUGUGUCUCACAGUGUCCAAUAUUCAUCAGCAGACUCAGAAGUCAUGUGUUAAUGUCACAACCAAAAAUGCUGCUUUCGCAUUAGACAUUUCUGACCAAGAAACUAGCACAGCUCUUGCUGCAGUUAUGGGAUCCAUGUUUGCCAUCAUUAGCCUUGCAUCCAUUGCUGUGUACAUUGCCAAAAGAUUUAAGAGAAAAAACUACCACCAUUCAUUAAAAAAGUAUAUGCAGAAAACCUCUUCAAUACCACUAAACGAGCUGUAUCCACCACUCAUCAACCUCUGGGAAGGUGAUAGUGAGAAAGACAAAGAUGGUUCUGCAGAUAGCAAGCCAACCCAAGUUGACACAUCAAGAAGCUAUUACAUGUGGUAACUCAGUGGAUAUUUUGCUUCUGGUAGUAAGGAGCACAAAGACAUUUUUGCUUUAUUCUGCAAAAGUAACAAGAUGAAGACUUUUGUAUUUUUGACUUUGCUAGUUUGUGGCAGAGAGGAGAGGACGGGUGGAUAUUUCAGAUUAUUUUAGUAUAGCGUAUCGCAAGGGUUUGACACAGCUGGCAGCUUCUCUAGGUUUCCAGUUUGUGUUUGAGUUUUAUUCUUAUCAUUAUUAUGAUUACAUUAUUAUAUUAUUAUUAUUUUAUUUUAGUUGUUGUGCUAAACUCAGUAAUGCUGUUUUAACUACAGUGCUCAAUAAAAUGAUUAAUGACAAGUUGGGGUCCCCCUGCUCUGGUUUACCAAUGGCAUGACCCCUUCUUCUGAAGCCAUCACUAGAAAGUACCACGUCCUACAAAAUGCUAACACAGUUUGGAAGCAGCACUGAACCAUUUGUAGCAAUCUGGUCUACAGACUUUUAACUCAAGAAGCUAUGGCUAGACUUGUUACCUUUGUUGAAUGAUAUUAGUUGACUGUACUGUAAUGUUGUAUCAACUGAAUUGAAUGUUUUGCCUUUAAACAAUGACUUUUCUUUUCUUUUGUAAUAGUUAAAGAGGCUUAGAACAAGCUAACAGGCAAUAGAAAUAUGUAUAUCAGAUUUUUUAAUGUAACAAACUACAUGUUAAUUGUUACCUUAUUCUUUUUAUUAUCUUUAGUAGACUCUUUUGAAAGAAAAGACAAUAAUUUUUGUUGUGUUUAACUCACCAACAUGUGGUGUAUAAUGAAGACAGAACUAUAAUAAAUUAGUUUUGUUCUGAUUUUUUUAGAACACUUGCAAUAAUGUAUCAUUUAUAGUUCUUGCUAGUUGCAGUGGUAAUAUUUUUCACAUCCAUAGAAACAGUAACCCAAGUAAAUCAGCGACAGCAUGUUGUUUUUUAAUGUCAGACCCUAAAAAGUUUUGAAUUCUUUUUCUAAGGGAAGAAAUAUCUAUUUUAAUGAAUAGAUUUUAAUGAAUAGGAUUUCUAUAUUUUAAAAAUUACUGAUCAGAGCCUAUUGGGGGGGGGAGUUAAUGUGGAGAAAAAUGGUAAAUCACUGUAUCCCAUGCAUAACUAAAUAUGGUAAAAAAAAAAAAAAAAAAAAAAGCAUUUCAGUACAUUUGGAUAUGUCACAUUCCUUUUCUGUAAGGGUUUUUCUAAAACCUGAACUUUUUAGUAGUAUCCACAUUACCCACCAAGGUAUAUAACAUAGAGCUGUGUAGUAUUAACAAAAUGUGUUACAUGUUAUUCCUUUUUUUAACAGCUGUCUGUAUGUUUGCUUAGACUCAUAAAAGUGUGGAGAGAUCUGAAGAGAUGAGUAAAUGAUUAAUAGAAAACAGAA